AUGAUAAUAUUAACCAGUUAUAACCCACAAGUAGAUGAUAAUGUUAACAGUUAUAACCCACAAGUAGAUGAUAAUGUUAACAGUUAUAACCCACAAGUAGAUGAUAAUGUUAACAGUUAUAACCCACAAGUAGAUGAUAAUGUUAACAAUGAUAAUGCUAACAGUUAUAACUCACAAGUAGAUGAUAAUGUUAACAGUUAUAACCCACAAGUAGAUGAUAAUGUUAACAGUUAUAACCCACAAGUAGAUGAUAAUGUUAACAGUUAUAACCCACAAGUAGAUGAUAAUGUUAACAGUUAUAACCCACAAGUAGAUGAUAAUGUUAACAGUUAUAACCCACAAGUAGAUGAUAAUGUUAACAGUUAUAACCCACAAGUAGAUGAUAAUGUUAACAGUUAUAACCCACAAGUAGAUGGUAAUGUUAACAGUUAUAACCCACAAGUAGAUGAUAAUGUUAACCAGUUAUAA